UAGAUUUUUGUGACGACAUUCUGACUUGAAAGCCAAGAACUCACAAACAUGUCUACCUUCGCCUUCCUUCUUCUCUGCGUUCAGGCCUGCUUGGUCCAGAACGCCUUCGGCAUGUGCGCCAGAGGUAUCGUGGGCCCGGCCAUCGCCGCCCCCGCCAUCGCUCCUCUCGGCGUGCCCGCCUGCGGUGCCGCUCUCGCUGCUCCCGCUCUUGCUCCCUUCGGCGCUCCCGCCCUCGCCGCCCCUGGUCUCGGCUGGGCUGGUCUGGCCGGUCCCGCUGUCGGCACCUACGGAGGCACUGGCAUCGGUAACGUUGCCGUCGCCGGUGAGCUGCCCGUGGCUGGUACCACCGCUGUCGCCGGACAGGUGCCCAUCAUCGGCGCCGUGGAGUUCGGUGGACCCGCUGCUGCCGCUGGUGCCGUCACCAUCGCUGGCAGUUGCGGCUGCGGAUGCGGUGCCCCUUACAUUUAUUAAUAACCUACGAUGACUAUGACUAAUAAAUGCAAUAACAAAUUAAA